GGGAGUGAGAGCCGUUCCCACGUGAGAGGCUCGGCCACCGAAUUGAAUUCCUCGCGUGCGGCCGCCGCGUCCGGCCGGACCGGGAGCCCAGGUCCCGCGCGCUGGGCGGGCGCGGUGCGCUCCGAUGCGGCGGGGGCCCGGGGCGCUGUGAGCCCGAGGCCCGACCCGCACCCCGGCCCGCGGCAUGCGGGCGGCCGACUCGGGCAGCUGGGAGCGCGUCCGCCAGCUCGCGGCGCAGGGCGAGCCGGCGCCUUCGUGCGGGGCGGGGGCCGGGCCGGCGCGCCGCCCGGGGCCGGCAGCCUGCGAGCCGGACGCGGCGGCGGGGUUGGGGGAUCGAGCCCGCGCCGGGGCGCCCCCAGCGCGAGCGGAUGGCGAUGGCGUGCAGCCGGUGCUCCUGCGGGAGGAAGUAUCACGGCUGCAGGAGGAAGUCCACCUUCUCAGGCAGAUGAAGGAGAUGCUGACAAGAGAUCUGGAGGAGUCCCAGGGUGGCAAGUCCUCCGAGGUGCUCUCGGCCACUGAACUCAGGGUCCAGCUGGCCCAGAAGGAGCAGGAGCUAGCCAGAGCCAAAGAAGCCUUGCAGGCGAUGAAAGCUGACCGGAAGCGGCUCAAGGGUGAGAAGACAGACCUGGUGAGCCAGAUGCAACAGCUGUACGCCACGCUGGAGAGCCGCGAGGAGCAGCUCCGAGACUUCAUCCGCAACUACGAGCAGCACCGGAAGGAGAGCGAGGACGCUGUCAGAGCUCUGGCCAAGGAGAAGGACCUUCUGGAACGGGAGAAGUGGGAGCUGCGACGCCAAGCCAAGGAGGCCACGGACCACGCCACGGCACUGCGCUCCCAGCUGGACCUCAAGGACAACCGGAUGAAGGAGCUGGAGGCCGAGCUGGCCAUGGCCAAGCAGUCCUUAGCUACUCUGACCAAGGACGUGCCCAAGCGCCAUUCCCUCGCCAUGCCGGGGGAGACGGUGCUUAACGGGAACCAGGAGUGGGUGGUGCAGGCGGACCUCCCGCUGACCGCUGCCAUCCGCCAGAGCCAGCAGACUCUCUACCACGCACACCCCCCGCACCCUGCAGACCGCCAAGCGGUCAGGGUGAGCCCCUGCCACUCCCGGCAGCCCUCCGUCAUCUCCGACGCGUCUGCUGCCGAGGGCGACCGGUCGUCCACACCGAGCGACAUCAACUCCCCCCGACACCGGACACACUCCCUCUGCAACGGCGACAGUCCCGGCCCGGUUCAGAAGAGCCUGCACAACCCCAUUGUACAGUCACUCGAGGAUCUUGAAGACCAAAAACGGAAAAAGAAGAAAGAUAAAAUGGGAUUCGGCUCCAUCUCGCGUGUCUUCGCCAGAGGGAAGCAACGGAAAUCCCUUGACCCCGGCCUCUUUGAUGAUUCCGACAGCCAGUGCAGCCCCACGAGGCAGAGCCUCAGCCUGUCGGAGGGCGAGGAGCAGAUGGACAGACUGCAGCAGGUGGAGCUGGUCAGAACCACCCCCAUGUCCCACUGGAAGGCCGGCACCGUGCAGACCUGGCUGGAGGUGGUCAUGGCCAUGCCUAUGUACGUCAAGGCCUGUGCAGAGAACGUCAAGAGUGGGAAGGUGCUGCUGAGCCUGAGUGACGAGGACCUGGAGCUGGGCCUGGGUGUGUGCAGCUCCCUGCACCGGCGCAAGCUGCGGCUGGCCAUUGAAGACUACCGCGACGCUGAGGCGGGCAGGAGCCUGUCCAAAGCCGCCGACCUGGACCACCACUGGGUGGCCAAGGCUUGGCUGAAUGACAUCGGCCUGUCCCAGUACUCUCAGGCCUUCCAGAACCACCUGGUGGAUGGGAGGAUGCUCAACUCCCUGAUGAAGAGGGACCUAGAGAAGCACUUGAACGUGUCCAAGAAGUUCCACCAGGUCAGCAUCCUGCUGGGCAUCGAGCUGCUUUACCAAGUGAACUUCAGCAGGGAGGCCCUCCAGGAACGUCGGGCCCGAUGUGAGACACAGAACACUGACCCCGUGGUCUGGACUAAUCAGCGUGUGCUCAAGUGGGUGCGGGACAUUGACCUGAAGGAAUACGCUGACAACCUGACCAACAGCGGGGUCCACGGUGCUGUGCUGGUGCUGGAGCCCACGUUCAACGCUGAAGCCAUGGCCACCGCCCUGGGCAUCCCCAGUGGGAAGCAUAUCCUCCGGAGACACCUAGCGGAGGAGAUGAGCUCUGUCUUCCAUCCCGCCAGUUCCGCCGGCAUCCGGGAGGCUGAGCGCUUUGGGACGCCUCCCGGCAGGGCCUCCAGCAUCACCCGGGCAGGAAAGGAGGAGAAUGGCGGUGGAGUCAAGUACAAGGCUGGCCGGCUACCCCUGGGGAAGAUAGGAAGGGGCUUCAGUGGCAAGGACCCUGAUUUCCACGAUGACUAUGGUUCUCUCCACAAUGAAGAGUGUGCGGACGAUGAGCUCCAGGGCAGACUGGAGCAGUGCCACCUGGAAGUCACCAAUGUGUAAGGCACCAGUGCAACACGGGAUCCAACGUGGAGAGACCUCGGGAGAAAGAGCCGCAGGUGGCAUGGCCACUGUACAUAGUGACCUUGGGCUGAGGGGAAGGGCCCCCAACACACCUGCUACAAUUGCAGGUGGCUGCACGGAGGGACUUGGAGCCUCACUGGAAGGACGUGGUCCCCAGAGCAUCCGUCUCAGGGUCCAGCCCCUUCCACAACCCAGGCUCCACUGCAGAGUGACUGUCAGCCCUCAAGAUAUCUCCAAAGCCCUGGGCUGAGCCACCAACUUGAAGAGACUCACAGUCUCCCCAACCCUCAAAAACAGUAACAACAACACCCCUAAGAGGAGCAAGCCCUAGGAGUAACAGGAAGAACUGUGGAGCCUGAGGCUGGCCAGCCAGGGCAGGGACCCUCCCAGCCAGCCUGGGCUUCUGCAUUCUGUUCUUCUCAGGACUGAGAACUUGGCUUAUGACAAGGGGGCUACUAAAUAUCUCUUAUGACAAUGCAAAACAGAGUGGGUCGGGGAGACAACAUAGUGGUUAUGCAAAAAAAACAAACAAACAAAAAAAAGAUUUUCAUACUUGAGGUACCAUGUUUGAAGCUCAGAGGUCCCAGGUUCAAUCCCCAGGACCACUGUAAAUCAGAGCUGAGCAGUGCUCUGGAAAAAAGAGAGAAAGAAAGAAAGACAGAAAGAAAGAAAGAAAGAAAGAAAGAAAGAAAGAAAGAAAGAAAGAAAAAAAAAAAAAACAACAACUACAAAACAGACAUGUCAUUCCCUCCCGUCUUAAAUGUCAUGUCUCACACAGGAAUGGAUGUGCUAAGGAACUGUUUGCAUGUUCUUCCUCCUGUAUUAGAUGUCGGCAGGAGGGUAAUCCAUGCAGGGCGGGCGGUGGGGAGCUGGGCAGCACCCCCCGCCCUGUCCUGCUCCCAAAAGUACAAAUGGGCCAUCACUGAGAUGAAGGGCCCCGUGGCUACAGGAACAGGGGAGACUGAAUUCAGUCCCUGACAACUCCACCAAGUGUGCAGUGGGAAGUGAUGUCUCAGACACCUGACAUACAGAUGAAACCCCCCAGGCCCCGUGUGAGCAGUGUCACUGGUCAGUCAGUAAGGCGGUGAGGAGAACCUCUCUCCCCCUUCUGGACCCCGCCACUGUUGCUGUGUGGCAUCUUACCAAUGGCCUCACCUCUCUGUGCCUCAAGAUCUUUAUCAACAGUAAUUCCGGUCCCCUCCUGUGGGGCAUUGUUAGAAUUAACAGUUGCUAAUGUACGUAACAUAUUGUCACCUCUCUGAGGUCAGGUGCAAAGGGCGUGUCUUAUUUCCUUACCCGCAACAUGAAACUGACGUGGGAAUGCUUCUGUCCAGCACAUCUGACAAACAAUGCUUAACAAUCAGACUCUCUCUCUCUCUCUCUCUCUCUCUCUCUCAAGAGCCCCCAGUUGGGCUUGAUCAAGGAGAAAGGGAGAGGGGCCAGAUGGCGGAACACUUGGUUGAAAGCACCAUGUUACCAUGCGCCAAGGACCAAGGUUCAAAUCUUCAAGUCUACACCUGCAAAAGGGGCGGGGGAGCUUUAUGAGUGGUGAAGCAGUGCUGCAGGUCUCUCUCUUUUUCUUUCCCUCUCUAUCUCUGCCUUCCCUCUCCAUUUCUCUCCGUCCUAUCAAAUUAUAUAAAUAAAUAUUAAAA